UCGCUUUGAUCGUGAUCACGUGACUAAGCAAAGUCAGUCGCAAAUCAUGGGUGCGGACCAAAGCGUUGAAGACACUUGGUCCACCUAUGACGAAUCAAAUUCUGCAAUGGGCAGUCGCCAGAGUAAAGGUCCAACUCUAGAAGAGGCUCUCAGAAUCCUUUCUCCAGGAGAACAAGCCGAUUUGUCUGCAGCGUUUGACCAGUUGACUGCUGACAAAACGAACUCAAAACCCAAAACAAAAGAACAGGCGGAAAUGUUUGAUUUUGCUGCUUUCAAGAAUCUAGUGUCGGGUCUACUCCCUCUCGAUUUUGCUGAGACGUUAUUCAAAGUGAUGUGCAAAUGCUCGGAGAAAGUCAAGGACAGUUUUGCAGACAGGAAAGGAUUGUUUGUCACUGUGGCGUUGCUUGUCAAAGGAAGUGUACCUGAUAAAGCUAAGGUUUAUGUUCUCAUGGGGUCUGGAGGUGACAAACACAUUACAAGUGAUCAGUUGCAUCACAUGACAUGCUCACUGAUCAGUGCUGCUCUGCACUCAAAGCACCUCAACCCUCGUGCUGUCAUAUGGGGUGGACAGGAUAAGGAUUCAAAUGCACGAUUGGCAAGAGUUUUCCUUGAUGAUGCUACAUUUCGACCAGAACAGGGUAACGGUGAUAAGUUCACUGCUUCCCAGCUGUCAGACUGGAUGGUCAAUCACCAUUUGGUUAUUCGUUUGUUUGAGGCUGUCUUUCGAAGUUGCUUCUUCAGUGCUUCAGAUUUGAGUGGUGAUGAAGUAGAUAGCGCUGCUCGAGUGGCAGCUCAGGCUAUGGGCGAAGAUGAAGAUGACCAUCCCAAUGAUCCGUUACUUCCAGUGAUUCUCAAACAUCACAUGAAUGGGCCAUCUGCCAACGAAACUGCAAGUCACAGCCUACUUGACUCAUCAUCCGUUCUCUUUAUCAAUCACCAUAUCCCUAGAGCACAUCGCCACCUAUGGAGACAGCUGUUUUCCAGCUCGUUACACGGCGAGAGCUUUUCUUCUCUACUCAAAUAUUCAACAGGACGAGGGCCAACUGUACUGCUAGUUCAAGACACCGAUGAUCACGUGUUUGGAGGAUUUGCAUCUACAAGUUGGGAAAUUUCAUCGAACUUUAUUGGAGAUGAACACUGUUUUCUGUUCUCUCUGAAACCGGAAAUGAAGGUGUACAGACCAACAGGAUACAACAACCACUACAUGUAUCUCAACCACGGCAUGCAAACAAUGCCAAAUGGAUUAGGUAUGGGAGGUCAGCAUGGCUAUUUUGGACUAUUCCUCGACCAUGAAUAUGGCAGAGGUCACAGCAAGGCUCAUCCUCACUCAACCACAUACCAUAGCCCACAGUUGUCAAACCAAGACGAGUUUCAAGUGAAACACAUUGAAGUGUGGGCAGUUGGUCUACCAGUUGAUCAUCACCCUGUUGGAAAGGGAAGCAUUCUCGACUCAAAUCUUGAUGUUCAAGCUUUGAUGGAAAUGGUCACCGGGAAACCUGUGUCGGGUCUGUAUGAACCGAAGCUCGUAGAUGACGACAACGACGACGAAGACUGAAUUCAAAUGUUAACACUUGUUCUAGACCAUUAUCUCAUUGCAUAUUUGUUAAAACAUCUUUUGUAUCUCUGUUUGUCUACGACUGCACGUGACAUAAUGUGAGUACAUAAUUCACUUGA